AUGCUUCUCUUAGCUAUUGGAAUAAUCUGGGGAGUACUUAUACCGCUGGCAUACAUCGUCUACAAACCUCCGGCUGCACUAAUCCACUACUUUCGAUAUCACUGGCCGGACGUUCUUUGGGAAGUCUCGACGACACAAAAAAUCGUGGCCUUGACUAUCGAUGAUGCACCUUCAGAGUACACAUCUGAGAUCUUAGAUGCUCUGAAUAACAAUGAUGCCACAGCCACAUUCUUCGUCAUCGGCUCUCAAGUCUCUGGUCGCGAGAACAUAUUGCGGAACGUCAUUUGGAACGAUAACGAGCUAGGCAAUCAUGCCAUGCGGGAUGAGCCGUCACGGUCUCUCGAUGAUGGGACACUCGUGGAGCAGAUCCACACAGUCGAAGAAAGAAUCAAUGAGGCUUAUACUUCUGCCAAAGUUCCUUUGCCACCGAAAUACUUUCGCCCUGGCUCCGGAUUCUUCAGCUCGAAAAUGCGGAACAUACUGAAGAAUCUUGAUUAUCGUCUGGUGCUCGGAUCCAUCUAUCCACACGAUCCACAAAUUCCGUAUUCACACGUGAACGCGAAACACAUUCUAAGCAUGUUACGACCAGGCGCUAUCAUAAUCUGCCAUGACCGGCGAAGUUGGACGGCACCUAUGCUGCGUGAGAUACUACCGGAAAUCAAAAGACAAGGGUAUAAAGUCGUCACUGUGACUACUUUGUUGCAGCGCACUGGCAUUUCAUGA